AUGAACGGAGUAUUAUUAUUACGCUACUGCGGGCGUCGAAGCACACCAACUUGUUCACUUUAUCGACGGUCCCUGAAAUUGGCUCUUGAUUGGGCCGUCCACCGCCAUAUCUGGAGAGGACAAGCCGUGUAUAUUCGCUCACUUUUUGAGGCCAACAAAGAUGUUCGCGAUCCCCGUCAGCAGAAGGCAAAGUUCGAAGAACUGACGGUGAAACGGAAAGAGACAUGGAAACACCCUGACCCUUACCGCGCGCCUACGGCCCCGGGUGGCAGCAAAUACGAGAGAAACAUCCCUGCCCCUCAAUUGCCUCGUGAUAUAGAUUAUUGA